AUGGAUUUGGAUAAGGAUUCGGACGUGCCGCAAUGGAAAAAGGAUUUGAUCGCUCGGCUGCGAAAUCAAAACAGGCACACAAGCGUAGCGGACGGUGGAGAAGAGAAUUACGGGCAACAACAACAGCUGUCCAGCGGCCCCUCUCAGCCGCAGCCGCAGCCGCUUGCAGUACAACAACCUACGCCAACGUGCACCGACAGUAGUAGUGAAUCGUCUCGAGGUGGUGCCGCGCUCGAGAAAUGUAACGCGGCGACAUCGAAAAUGGUUCAAGAAAAAGCGUGGAUCGACAAUUUGAAGAUGGUGAGCGAGAAAUACAGCAACGGCGUGCACCGCAAGGACUCGGAUUCGGAUUCCUCCGAAGACCUGCAUUACGGGCCCGGCAUCGUGAACAAACUGAAGAAUAAAUAUUUGAGUUUGGCGUUGAGGGAGAGUAACAACCGCACGCGGCCAUCUAUACUGCGUAAAGCUGCUUCGUUGGAGAAUAUUUUGGACGACGAGGUGCCCAAUGGGAACAAAUCGGAAAAUCGGCUGUUCCAGGGCAGGGUUAACGGAUGCAGUGAAAAUGCGAAGAAUGUGCCGAACCGGUAUCGGAGUGCAACACGCGGACUUGAGUUGAAGAGAGCGCGAUCCGUCGAGGCGAUCUCGAUGUCGCAUCACGACGAAAAUAAGAUCGAAAACAACCGGCAAUCUUUGCACGAGGACAUGCUGCUUAUCUCGGAAGGAAAUGACAAACCAUUUAGUAAAAAACACGAUAAAAUUGUUGCGGAAACCGGCAACAGCGACAAGCAGAAGUACACGAACGUCGGGCGUGUCAACAGACCGAAGCGCGUAGCCCCAAUGAUGAACGAAAGGGAGAAACCGCCCGCGGACGUGGUCAAACAGAAAAAGUUGAUUUUCGAACGGCGGCCGGAGACGCGCACCAAACCGCCGAUUUCGACGGGCGACGUUGCCGCCAAAGUCGACACUUACAACAGCAUCAUCGUGAAAGCCAAAGCGAGCAAAAAGCCCCUGAUAAAGCACAAACCCGUAAUUAACGACAAAAAACCGCCUGCGCCGCAACCCCGCGCUCCCAAAAUCAUCGCCAACGACGACAAAGUUGCGAAAAACAAACCCAAGAGUCUGCAAGUGAAUAAAGUGCCUAAAAGUGCCUUGAUGAGCCCCAUUCCCGAUGUGUCUAGAAUAGAUUUUCCCAAUCAAAAGGGCGACAAGGAGAAACAAUUAUCGGAGACGCCUGAUUUGAUCCUGACAUCUAGUCCAAUACUUGCCCCAGGCUCGCCAACAUUCAAAAAGUCCACCGAGCAAUUCCUCAACGAGGAAAUCCGGGUUUGUUCGCCGGACGGGAAUAUUUUCGCCAGCCCCAAAGUAAGCCCAACUGCUAACGAUAAUGUGGAUAGUCCUGGAAAAAUUAUCAAAGCAGCCGGAACUGCCGUAUUUAACUUUUCAAACGCCCCAGUCGAGCAAUCGCAUCUGCCGAUCAAUAAGAACGUGUCGACCGCUAAAACCCCAUUGGAAAAACCCCUGAAGAUAGACGUGAACGGUUUCGGCCACAAUGACGCCAAAAAAGUUCCUGCAAGCCCAAACGAAGUCAUAUCGCCGACAAUCAGAAAAGCAAAGUUGGAAUCGCCAAAGGCAAAUCUAACCACGACGGAAAUCGAGAAAAAUCUUAUCAAUACAGCGAAGUCUUCCAGUGCAAGUGUUUCGCCGCCUAAACCAGCGGCCAGUGCCGUGCCGGAAGUGAGUAAAAAUGUUGUGGUGCCUAAGGUGAAAAGGGCACAGGAACCGACCUCGACUACCGCCGUUUUCAAUUUCACCGCGCGCAAGGAUGUUCCCGAUUACAUUUCUAACGACAGAAUGGGGAAAUCUAAGAAGAGUGACGAUGAUUUAAGGAAAAGGAAAACAGAGCAACAGAGAAAGAGGCGGGAACUUGCUAAAAAAAAUCCUGAAAAAUAUGAAAAAGAAAAAGAGAAAGAGAGACAAAGGUACCAUAAGCGUAAAACAGAAGGUAAAAUAAAAGGCAUUGAAGAACUCACACCAAGACAGCAGCGAAUCAAACGAAAAACCUGGAAAGAAUGUUCUUAUCAGUACAGGCAGAAAAAUAAGAAAAAGAAACAGGCAAUAAUUCAGUUCAUUCAUGAAACAACCCCACCAGCCACACCUGAACCAUAUCAUGGACAGCCCCAACAAGAACCGAAAUCAGGACCAAGUAGAGCAUCAAUGCGAGGGCGAAAGAAGGUCAGAAGAGACAGGGCAAAAGCCUAUAGAGAAUUGAAAAAGGUGAAGAAUGAACUGUCAAAAACUCAAAGAAGGCUAAAUAAAUACAAAACAAAAUACUUCAGACUAAAGCAAGAUGUUAAAAAAGAUAGUCCAAACACAAAAGUUAAUAAACUCAUAAAAGGAGUUUCAGUACCAUUAGAAGUAAAAAAGAAACUUUUGUUUAAUGAAGUGCUAAUUUCACAGAUCUCAGAAAAUUACAAAGAAGUUAAAGAUAAGUCAAAUAGGCAAAAAUUUCGUGAAGUAUUGUUAGGAAAAGAUGUAAGAAAAUAUAGAUGCUUAGGCCAGCUGAAUUUUAUGACUUAUAAGGUUAAGAGGUCUCGAAAUGCAGACAAAGCAAAGGGCAUCAAAAAAAUUAAACUCAUAAAAGGAGAUAUAACAUCUUUUAUAGAAAAAGAUGAAUAUAGUAGACUUUGCCCUGGGAAAAAGGAUACAAUUACGAGAAAUGGGGUAAAAAAACAAAAAAGGUUACUUAACAAAUCGCUACUAAUGAUAUAUAACGAAUUUCGUCAAAGUGUUAAUUAUUUCAUUAGCUAUUCCACGUUUUGUAAACUCCGACCUUUUUGGGUAUUACAUCCUAAAAUCAACCGAAGAGAUACAUGCCUAUGUACGGUUUGUGAAAAUGGAGAGCUACUUGUACGCAAAUUAAAGCUUUUAAGUAUUAUCGAAGAAAACUGCCUAGAAAGGGUUUGCAAGUCUGUAUGCUGUAACAAUGAAACUAAAGAAAACUGUUUAAAUAAUAGGUGUACAUUUUGUUUUGAAAAAAAGUUACAUUUUAAUCCAUAUCAAGCUGGUGAUCUCACAUUCUAUGAAAAAUGGAUUACCAAGACUGUAGAAAUAAACAUUAAGGGGGAAAUUAAAAAUGUGAAGAAGACGAUCAAAGAAAAAAUACAUUGCACAAAAGGUCAAAUGAUUGAAGUCUUUGAAAUAAUGUUACCAAAGCUAUUAAAACAUAUUUAUAACAGAAAUCACCAGUAUAAAGAAAUUGAUAAAAUGAAAGUCAAUCUAAAGGAAGGUGAAGUAGUUGUACACAUGGAUUUCUCAGAAAAUUUUGCCUGUAAGUAUUCUGCUGAAAUCCAGUCGAUGCACUUUGGUGGAUCGCGUCAACAGGUGAGCCUUCAUACUGUAGUAGUAUACUAUAAAAGUAAGGGCAAUUUAAAGAAAGAAUCUAUAUGUACCAUGUCAGAUUCAUUGCGACAUAACCCUGAAGCGAUUUUGGUACAUCUCAAAGCAGUAUUUAAAUUAAUAUCGGAAAAAUUACCUAGAUUGUCUACUAUACAUUUCAUUAGCGACGGCCCAAGUACGCAGUACAGAAACUGUAAAAUGUUUCAAAUCAUUGGAUCUCUAAUAAAAAGCUACCUUCCUGGUACCUUAAACAGCAUUAUUUGGAAUUACACUGAAAGGGGACAUGGUAAGGGAGCUCCUGAUGGAGUAGGGGGAUGUGUUAAGAGGACCGCUGACUCGUUAAUAGCAAUGGGUCACGAUAUUGAAAAUUUUACUAAACUGGUCGACAUGGUGUCUGAAAAUAUGAAAAAGAUUAAAAUUGUGUCAGUUCCUCAGCAAGAAAUUGAAAGUCUUAAACUAAACAUGGCCAAUAUAAAACCUUUUAAAGGGACUUUACAGGUGCAUCAAGUAAUCUGGAUGAGAAACAAGCCUGGUUUACUAAAAAUUCGUCGUUUAAGUUGCUACAAUUGCCCCCUUGAUUCAAACUGUCCUGAUUAUCACCUAGGAGAUUACUAUUUAAAAGAAAAUCUCACUAAAGAAGCUGACCUACAUAAUAUCUACAGUGACAGUGAAGAUCAACAAUCGGAACAUAUUGAUCAUAGCCCAAAUGAAAGGGUCAAGUUUGGUAUCAACCAGUUUUUACUUGCGAAGUUACCUGGAAAAAAAAGGUUUAAGUAUUAUGUUGGUGUGGUGCUGAGCAUCGAAACUAAAGACUCUGAAACUGACAUGGACAUUUUUACUGUGAAGUUCUUAAGACGAAAAGAUCACACAUUUACUUUUGUAUAUCCUGAAAAAGAAGAUAUCUCUGAAGUGUAUAUGUCUGAGAUAGAACAUUGUCUACCUUUCCCAGAAAUUGAUAACCGCAAUCACUAUGUUUUUCAUUUUAGUUUUGAGCCUUACUCAAAAGACUUAUAUUAA